AUGGAUGCCAGAUGCAGAGGGAGGACUGCUAGAAAUCAAGGGUCUGGCUUGGCCCGCCCUCGGGGUGUGGUUGAGAGUGAUCACGUGGAGGGGCGCCGCGCCCGGGGUCUCCCGCCCACUUGGAGGUGUCUGGAGCCGGAGGCUGGAGCCAGCCAGGGCGCUGAGGACUGGAGACUCGCCACCACGCCGGGGCUGCUGAGGUCACGGUCGCCGGGACCCGAGGGCACCUGCUCGCGGUUCCGCCCGCUUUCUGAUAACUGUGCGGGAGGCUGGACCCUCAGCGGCGACGGCGACGACAGCAGCAGCAACAGCGAGGACUGGAGCAGGGGCAGCAGCAGCAGCAGCAGCAGCAGCAGCAGCAGCAGCAGCAGCCACACCAGCCGUGACACCAUGGAUCUGUCUUUUAUGGCCGCUCAGUUGCCCAUGAUGGGAGGAGCGUUCAUGGACUCACCCAAUGAGGACUUCAGUACCGAGUACUCCCUGUUUAACUCCCCUGGCAACGUCCACUCAACGUCCAAUGGCCACGGCCAGCCUGAGGAGUCUCCUCGCUCCUCCAACGAUGCUGUUCUGCUAUGGAUUGCCAUCAUAGCAACACUGGGGAACAUAGUGGUGGUCGGGGUGGUGUACGCCUUCACCUUCUGAGGCCCAGGGUUGCUGAAGCUGUGGGGAAGCCCCUCCCACUCUGGACUCACCUAGUAAGGGUUUUUCAUGUGGCUCCAUCUUUCUCCCAGAGGCUGGAGACACCUAUGGCCUUGAAUGGUCCCUGGAGGGGCAGACACCAGAUAUCUGUAAUUUCCUCCAGGCAGCUCAGGUUUAGACUAUUCUAUGUUUCGGUUGAGCUCAUUCAAGACACCUUGAAGUUGGUGCUUUCAGCUCCUAAAAGCCUGAUGGUUUGAGUCCUUCAAACAGCAGACGGUAAAAUUCUUGAAGUUUCAGUCAGUCUCAGAAUGGUGGGUUUGAACAUCUUAUUGGGUGGAAAAAAUGCAGAUCUGGUUUGGUGACAUUUUCUUAGCAUAUGUCAUAUUUUUUUUCUGCAGACUUGUUGAACCCAGCGUGUGGGUACUGAGACAAGAAGAACUUUCACAAGUUAGAAUUCCUACCUUUUAAUUUUAUGUCCCACCCCUCGGGACACUGACAGCGAUGUCACAGAGUGUUGAGUGAUACUUUGUCACCAGACACUUGGUCCCUUGCAGAAUCCAAGUGCAUCAGAAAACCCAGA